CGGCCGGCCUGGGAUUCAGGCAGAACCUUGGUUCUCUGUGCGGGGCUUGAUGGCGAGGAUUGGAGGGCGGGAGCCGUGCUGAUUUAGGAUUGGUAAAAUCUCUACCAGCCACGCCUCUAGAACCCGGAAGUAACCUCCCCGGUAGUCCCGCGUGUAGCGGGGAAACGAGCUAGGCUGGCUGAAGGGGAUGGCUACCGGCUGAAGGCCGACCGUGAUUCCUGCUACCUCCACGAGGCGAUUCUGACCCACUGAGUGCUGCUUUUGAGGACGCGGGCCCCGUAGCUGACCCAGGGAGGUCCCCGCUGCAUCCCACCACCCAAGCUGUGCAUCAUGGAGUCGACGUUUAGCAGCCCUGCCGAGGCGGCGCUGCAGCGAGAGGCCGGGGUGCCAGGACUGCUCACUCCUCUCCCGGACUUGGACCGAGUGUACGAGCUGGAGCGAGUCGCUGGAUUUGUCCGUGAUCUGGGGUGUGAACGAGUUGCCUUGCAGUUCCCUGACCAGCUAUUGGGAGAUGCUGUCGCUGUGGCUGCACGAUUGGAGGAUACGACAGGGUCAAAGAUGUUCAUUCUGGGGGACACAGCCUACGGCAGUGAUGACAGCAACUCGCCGCCAGAAGAGACCCCGUUUCACUGAUGCUGUCUCCCCUGCAGCUGCUGUGUGGAUGUACUGGGUGCUGAGCAAGCUGGAGCUCAGGCUCUCGUACAUUUUGGCCCUGCCUGCUUAAGCCCCCCAGCCCGUCCACUGCCUGUCACCUUCGUCCUUGGUCAUCGUUCUGUGGCCUUGGAGCUCUGCGCCAAGGCCUUUGAGGCCCAGAACCCAGACCCCAAAGCGCCUGUGGUGCUGCUGAGUGAGCCGGCCUGUGCCCAUGCCCUGGGUAAGGGGUUUUGCCUGUGUAUGCACAAAGGGUGAGCCAACUGCUUUAUGCCUUAAUUUCCCCAUUUCCAUAUACUUCCAUAGAAUUCUUGAUAUGGGCUUGGCCCUAGCCUACUGGAUCAUAUUUAUUCUCCUGGGGAUGAAAGAGCUCCUACUUUGCCAGGCUCCAACCUCCACACUACGUCCUUCUCUUCCAGAGGCCUUGGCUACCCUCCUGCGCCCGCGGUACCAGGACCUGCUAGUCUCCAGCCCAGCUUUACCCCUGCCAGUGGGGUCCCUGAGUCCAGAGCCUAAGCCCCUGGAGCGUUUUGGCCGCCGUUUCCCCCUUGCCCCAGGGAGGCGUCUAGAAGAGUAUGGUGCCUUCUUUGUGGGGGGCUCUGAGGCCAGCCCUGACCUGGACCUUGACCCAGACCUGAGUCGGCUGCUCUUGGGAUGGGCACCAGGUCAACCCUUCUCCUCCUGCUGCCCAGAUACAGGGAAGACUCAGGAUGAGGGUGCCCGGGCUGGACGGCUAAGGGCACGAAGACAAUAUCUGGUAGAGAGGGCCAGAGAUGCCCGCGUGGUAGGGCUGCUGGCAGGCACACUGGGUGUGGCCCAGCACCGUGAGGCACUGGCCCACUUGCGGAACCUGACUCAGGCUGCUGGCAAGCGUAGCUAUGUGUUGGCCCUGGGGCGGCCCACCCCUGCCAAGCUUGCCAACUUCCCUGAGAUGGAUGUCUUUGUGCUAUUAGCAUGUCCUCUGGGUGCCCUAUCCCCUCAGCUUUCUGGUAGCUUCUUCCGGCCUAUACUGGCACCGUGUGAGCUGGAAGCUUCCUGCAACCCUGCCUGGCCACCUCCAGGCCUGGCUCCCUACCUCACACAUUACGCGGACUUGUUGCCUGGCUCUCCCUUCCACGUGCCUCUCCCACCACCUGAGUCAGAGCUGUGGGAAACCCCAGAUGUGUCACUCAUUACUGGAGAGCUCCGACCCCCACCUGCCUGGAAGUCAUCAAAUGAUCCUGGAAGCUUGGCCGUGACCCCACGGCCCCAGCUGGAGCUGGCUGAGAGCAGUCCGGCAGCCUCAUUCCUUAGUUCUCGGAGCUGGCAAGGACUGGAGCCCCGCCUGGGUCAGACACCCGUGACAGAAGCUGUGAGUGGAAGACGAGGGAUUGCCAUCGCCUAUGAGGAUGAGGGAAACAGCUGAUACCAUGUGGGGUUGGAAACACAGAUGGACUUACGAAUGGCUGCUAGGACCUUUAGUGCUCCCUUCACCAACCUCCCAUCCCCCUGCCGGAUCCUUGAAGGACCCUGGAAGGAGGGAGAGCAGGCAGCCUUUCACUGAGGAUAGGAUCCGUCUUUGUCCUGUCCUGGCGCUGGCACAAGCUCAGCACAUGCUCAGUAAAUGCUUGUUGUUUGGCUGGUGGAAUAAAGGGCUUAGGGCCUUCCCUGAGGCCUCUGGACCCAUCUGUCUUCUUGGGAGCAGCCCAGGACCUUUGGCCAAUCCCAGUUCCUGGUCUGUAGUUGAGGGUCUGCCUUUGUCAAAAGGCAAGUGCUAGACAGUCUAGACCAGGGUUUCUCCAACUCAUACUGUUGACAUUUGGGGCCAGAUAAUGCUUUGUUGUGGGGCCUGUCCAGCGUAUGGUAGGGUGCUGAACAGCAUCCCUGGCCUCUGCCCACUAGACAGCAGAAGCACUUUCCCAACUAUGACAACCAAAAAUGUCUCCAGACAUUGGCAAAUGUUCCCUGUGGGGGCAAAAUUGCCUUCAAUUGAGAACCACUGGUGUAGCUAGACCUGCACUGUCCAGUACAUUAGCCACUAAAUACAUGUGGCUAAACUUAAACUUAAGUUAAUUAAGAUGAAAAGCUGUUUCUCAGUCACAUUAGUCAUUCAAGUGUUCAGAUAGCCACAUGAGGGGACAGUGCAGCUACGGGCUAUGCCAUCAUGAAAGUUCUGUUUGUUGGACAGUGUUGGUCUAUAUUGACUGAUUUAUUUCUCAGGGAGAUCACAGAAACCUGAAUAAACCAGAUACCUUUUCU